AUGGAGAUUGAGUCAAUGGUGGCAAACUGUGCUCUCAUAAAAGCACGAGAAGUAGGCAACGGUGGGAACCGCAAAGGAAGGAGUCGAAAAUGGAAGGAAUUUCUGCGUUUCCCGCACAUAAACGAGUGCACAGAGCUGGAGAAUAGCAUCGAGCGAGAUUAUUACAGUCUGUGUGUCAAACAGCCCAUCGGAAAACAACUCUUCCGUCUUUUCUGUGCAACUAAAUCUGAUCUGCAGCACUUCAUCAACCUGUUGGAUGAAACGGCGGAAUAUGAGGUCACACCGGAUGACAAGAGAAAGAACUUUGGAAAAGAACUCAUGAACAAAUAUCUCACCUCACAGUUCUCUAGGGUGCGUGCGAUUGUAGACUGGGAACUUGAGAAGUGCAGUGAAAAUAUAUUCAGCAGCUGCCAAAAGUCAGUUCCUCAAGUUUGUGCAUUUGGGUCUUGCAGGGCACUUCAUGAGUAUCUGAGUGGAGCUCCAUUUGCAGAGUACCAGAAAAGCAUGUACUUUGACCGAUUCCUGCAGUGGAAGAUGGUGGAGAGACGCCCGAUCACACGAGACAUAUUUCGAGAGUACCGUGUUUUGGGAAAGGGUGGGUUUGGAGAGGUGUGUGCGUAUCAGUCCAGAGCAUCAGGCAAAAUGUACGCAUGUAAGAAACUGGAGAAGAAGCGCAUUAAGAAGCAGAGAGGAGAAGCCAUGGCCCUCAACGAGAAACAGAUUCUAGAACGGGUCAACAGCAGAUUUGUGGUCAGUUUAGCAUACGCUUACGAGACGAAAGAGGAUCUUUGCCUGAUGCUGACGCUGAUGAACGGAGGAGACCUGAGGUUUCACAUCUAUAACAUGGGCACCGAGGGGCUCAACAAAGAAAGAGUAGAGUUUUAUGCUGCUGAGAUCCUGUGCGGCUUGAGCCAUCUUCAUAAAAAGUCUAUUGUUUAUAGGGAUUUAAAGCCAGAAAACAUUCUGCUGGAUGAUAAUGGUCACAUUAGGAUCUCAGAUUUAGGACUAGCCAUAAUCUUGCCAGAAGAAAAUCUUGUGAAGGGCAGAGUGGGAACAGUGGGAUACAUGGCACCAGAAGUCAUUACAAACACAUACUAUAGUGUAAGUGUGGACUGGUGGGGACUCGGGUGUCUAAUUUAUGAGAUGACGGACGGAAAUCCUCCGUUCCGCAGACACAAGGAACGACUGCCGAGACAGGAGAUGGAAAGACGAGUUCUGGAGAUGAUCGAGAAUUACGGGAAGAAGUUUGACGAGGACACCAAAUACAUCUGCAAAAGCCUCCUGGCUAAAAACCCAAAGGAGAGAUUGGGCUGCAAAUAUGGGCGAGGAUCAGAGGUCAUCAAAGGUCACGUGUUCUUUAAGGACAUCAAUUUUACGAGGCUUGAGGCAGGAAUGAUGCCGCCACCCUUUGUUCCCGACAUGAUAGAGACCGAGUGCUUCAAAGACCUGAAUGUGUUCGGGCCUCGAGGAACAAGAACACCAGAUCUGGACCGCAGCAUUGUGAUCCCAAAGACCAGCUCCGAGACUCCGCUCAUCCAUCGGAGUCCUCCUGAAUACGGCCGACUGCUGAACCGAUUCUUCAAGAGACGCCACAGGGGGCAGUCCGCUGAACCCAUAUAUCGCUCCUUAUCCAGCCAGAGUACUGAAUGACUUCUGCAGAAGAGGACAAAUCAAAACACUCUCCUUUUAAUCCUCGUGAUUUCUGAUUCAUGUAAAAGACACGAUGGCUUCCUCAAUGGAGAGGUUGUUUAAAGUGUCAGUGUUUAUUGAAAAGACUUCUAUUUACUGUAUUACAAACCCUGCUACAGUCUGCAGGGUUUGGGUACUUUUCUCAAGCUUUCAUAUGACUAAAAAAUAUUUUAUAUGCUCAAUUUGUAAAUAAAAGACAAAUCAG